AGCAGCCGGGGGCAGCAGGGACACAACACCCGGCACCACAACAGUGCCGCAGGUCUGUGGUGGGGGCGGCGGCAGAGACACGGGGCUCCCAUGGGUGGGACAGGGACACCCCCAGCCUGGCCCUUCCCUCUGGCUGCUGCAGAAAAACUGACCGCCCAGAUCCAGGCUCACCCACCGGCACCCACCCUGUACCACCAGCUGAUGCUCUCCUGCGAGGUCACGGGGGACCCUGGCCCCCAGGAGUUCCUGUGGGAGAAGGAAGGCAACCAUGACCCUCUGCAGAAAGGCCCCAACAGCAUCCUCCUCUUCCCCUCCUUCAACACAACCCACUUGGGCACCUACGUCUGCACGGCCACGGGCUCGCUGGGCACUGCUGUGGCCACCUACAACCUGUGGAUACAGGACCUGGAGUACCACGUGUUUGUGUAUCCCCAUGAGACCAAAAACUCCCACGUGCUGGUGAGGGCGAAGCCAGAGCAGCCGCUGCAGAACUUCACCGUGUGCCUGCAGUCCUACACCGACCUGACUCGGCCCUACAGCCUCUUCUCCUACGCCACCAAGGCGCAGGACAACGAGAUCCUCCUCUUCAAGCCCAAGCCUGGCGAGUACCGGUUCUACGUGGGGGGCAAGUUCGUCACCUUCCGCGUCCCCCAGAGCAUCGUGGCGAGCGAGCACAUCUGCGCCAGCUGGGAGUCAGCCACCGGCAUCGUGGGCUUCUGGUUCAACGGGAAGCCCUGGCCCCGCAAGGGGCUGCAGAGGGGCUACACAGUGGGGGCGGAGGCGGCCAUCGUGCUGGGGCAGGAGCAGGACGCCUUCGGGGGCGGCUUCGACAUCCAGCAGUCCUUCACGGGGGAUCUCUCGGCUGUGUACAUGUGGGGCAUGGGGAUCUCCACCUCGGAGGUGAUGGAGGCCAUGUACAACAGGCCCAGCAAAGCCCCCAUCUUCGGCUGGAGGAACUUCCCCUACAAGAUCGUGGGCGAGGUGUACCUGAAGCCCUGAGAGCCGCUGCCGGGCCAGUGCGGUCCCCCGGUGGCCGGCAAGAGCUGGGUGAGCCCCGAUUGCCACGGGGGCUGUGUCAUCCCCCUU